GAAUUUUUAGCCAAAUCGCCGCGCUUUUCUCUCUCUCUCUCUCCUCUUCUUCCUUCGUUGAUUGUUGUUGUGAACCCUCAAUGCCUCUUUCGUAUCUUCAUGGUCCUACCCUUCAAGCGCGUUGAUUAACAUUUUUUUUUUUGUUGAAUCCCAAAAGAGUUGUAUUGUGGGUUCUGAUGCAAUAUUGGGUUCGGUCAACUUUUUCGCUUCUCUUUUCUCCUUUUUUCUGUUUCUGUGUUCUUUUUCUUUUUUGGGUUUUUGUGGGUUUUGAAUUUUCUUUUCUGGGUUAACUUUUCAAUUUUUCUUUUUCGGCGUAGGCUUCUCUUGUUUAGUCAUUAUUUUAUUUAGAAUAAUUUGUUGGUGGGUCGUCGGUAUUCCCCUUUGUAAAUGUUGGGGAUUGGGUCGUUUUCGCGGGGUUUACUUUCUCAAUUUUUUUGGGGAUUUUUUAUUUGCACAUCAAGAAAUGGUUGGUGAUCAAAGGUUAGGGUUUUGAGUAGCGAAACGUUUUUUGUUUUUUGUUUUUUUUUAAUAUAUUUUGUUUGUCAAUUGGGUUUGAAAAGUCUUUAGAUUUUCUAAUUGGUUAUUGAGGGUUCUCAGGUCAAUAGUGGACAAAUUUUGGAAAUUGGUGUGUUUGGCUCGUAUUGGAUAGUUUGUUUUCUAUUUUGUUUGAUGUAGGUUUGAUCUGAAGAAACUUAGUUUGGCAGUGUCAUUGUAAGUUUCAUCUAGAGGUUGCAUAUUUUGUUGAUUCAACUAUCUGACUUUUUUUGGGGGUUGAUUCACAUAAAAGUUUUUGAUUUUCUUUCAUCAAAUCACUUGAUAUUGUUUUGCAUUUCUUGUCAAAUCUUUCUAGGAUCACAGAAAUUUCAGUUUAUUGGGUUGAAUUCGCGUGAUUGUGUUGAUUGAUAUUUGUUAUCAGAGAAGAGGUGUUCUCUGAAAUUAGGUUUUGUGGUGUUUUGGAUUGUUGUUUCUUCAAUUGGGGUUGUUCAAAAUGGAGGUAAAACAGGAUGAGGAAGUGCGAGUGGUUCCAAAAACGGUAAAGUCGAGCUAUGAAUUGGGGAGUUUGGGGUCAAACUCAAAAUUGAAGGGUGCGGGAAGUCUUAGUGAAAAAAAUAUGCCGGUGCAGGGUACUGGAAGUAUUAGUAGGAAUGAUAUGUUUUUCCGAGCUGACAAAAUUGAUUUGAAAAGCUUGGAUGUUCAAUUGGAGAAGCACAUGAACCGGGUUUGGUCAAAGAACGUAGAGGGACAAAAACCAAAAGAACAGUGGGAGAUUGAUCCAUCUCACUUGGAUUUAAGAUACUUAGUAGCUAGGGGCACCUAUGGUACCGUAUAUCGUGGUACUUAUGAUGGCCAAGAUGUUGCAGUGAAGCUGUUGGACUGGGGAGAGAAUGGCAUGGCCACAACUGCAGAAACUGCUGCUUUGCGGGCAUCAUUUCGGCAAGAGGUUGCUGUUUGGCAGAAGCUUGACCAUCCAAAUGUUACUAAAUUUGUUGGUGCUUCAAUGGGGACAUCAAAUCUUAAAAUUCCUUCAAAAAACGGUGCUAGUGAUAGUUCUCUUCCAUCAAAAGCUUGUUGUGUGGUUGUGGAGUACCUUCCGGGUGGGACAUUGAAAAAAUACCUUUAUUUGAACCGAAAAAAGAAACUUGCCUUUAAAAUAGUGAUUCAGCUUGCUUUAGACCUCUCUAGAGGAUUGAGCUAUCUGCAUUCACAGAAAAUUGUACAUCGUGAUGUCAAAGCUGAGAAUAUGUUGCUAGAUUCCACUAAAAGUCUAAAAAUUGCUGAUUUUGGUGUUGCUCGUGUUGAAGCCAUGAAUCCUCAGGACAUGACCGGUGAAACUGGAACCCUUGGGUACAUGGCACCAGAGGUUCUUGAUGGCAAGCCGUAUAAUAGAAAAUGUGAUGUCUAUAGCUUUGGUGUAUGCUUAUGGGAAAUUUAUUGUUGUGAUCUGCCAUACCCAGAUCUUAGCUUUGCUGAAGUUUCAUCUGCUGUUGUUCGACAGAAUUUGAGGCCAGAAAUCCCCAGAUGUUGCCCAAAUUCUCUGGCCAACAUCAUGAAGAAAUGCUGGGAUGCGAACCCAGAAAAGCGCCCUGACAUGAACGAGGUUGUGAAGUCAUUAGAAGCAAUUGACACAAGCAAAGGAGGAGGAAUGAUACCCGAAGGCCAGGGUGCUGGCUGUUUUUGCUUCGCUCCUGCUCGGGGUCCUUGAUUCCUCUUAUUCAUUUGUAUAUGUCAAUCAUGUUACGUUUCCGCAUUGUUAGCAGACAGAAAUAUUUCCUGUUUUAGGCUGUUCAUGGAAUUUCUGGUUUGUAGAUUUUCCUUCCAACGGUGAAAGCAUGUUUUAAGUUGCAGAGAAAAUGAAGAAAAUCUAUGGAAGUUUCAGGAUUUUCUGUACUUUGUAUCACUUUCCAAAGAAUAAAAUUAUCUGUCCCAGUUGCUUCCUGGCCUUUUCUUGAC